AUGAUUGGAAUUACAUUCGAGCAGACUAUGGUAGCCAACACCAAUACUACGCCAGAUGUCUUUACUGUAGAAGUGCUAAAGAAAUGGGUUCAAGCUACAUCUCUCAUGCGAUUAUUGGUUGAAGUACCAGUCAUUGCCGUCAUGUCAUUUAUCGUAAACCAUACUGCAGUCCGUAUUGACAAAUUGACAUUGAUGGCCAACAGCAAAGACUUGGUUAUCACAGUGGAUCACAUCUACAUUCAAUCCUCCUUAAAUGUAUCACAACGACAGCAAUCUGGCAAACUGUUUCAGGACCAACAACGAGUGUUUAGUGUUCAAUUGCAAGUGGGUCCUGUAACUGUGGCUGACAAUGCUUCAAAGCCAUUGGUGGGAAUAACUACUACUUGUCUUGUGAUGGUGUCCUGUCAACUGAACAGAAUCUUGCUUGAAGGCAUGGACGUGGAUAUCCAGCUGGGUUUUAUCAACGUGUAUAUGGAUACCUGUAUAGCUUAUUAUCAACAGUAUCAAGCCGUGCAGCAUCCUUCACACGCCUGCAGUCACCAGCAAGAUCUCGACAUGUCAGCAUCUAGAUUCAUGCGCUUGGGUAUCAAGAUCAAUUCAAUCAGUGUAACAGUCCAAAAGAUGAAUAUGGAAAAUCAACAAAUUGCGAUGCGGAUGGAGAUCAACACGCUGAGGAUUCAGGCACUGCUUGAGAAUAGAAGGGAGCCUUGCUUGCAGCUCAAUACUGACCUGAUUUUACUGUGCUUACUCCAGCAUCGCCUUGUUGAGAUAUCUUCCAUGGAAAUAACUGCUGCGCUUCCGACACCAGAAGACUAUCAUCAUGCAGCAACACCCACAUCAUCAGAUACUUUGCCACAUACUGAUCUGCUAAGUGUAACAUGGAUUAUAAACAUGCCGCUACUGACGCUUCCCUUGAAAAGUCAGACGUUUCUAGACACACUAGCCCAUGUGCAGCAGUUACAGCAGCCCAUUACCAGCACAACAACAACAAACAGUAGUCUGCCCCAAAAGAGAAUAUCCAAUGUUCCUACCUGCUCACUUGCUGUUGUGUUGAACUCUGCCAAAAUGGAUAUGUUGGAUGUGGAUAACGAAGAGCGUCAUGGCUAUAUGUCGAGUAAAAGCUUGAUUAUUCGUUUUGCGGGAGAGUACAUGAAAAAGAGCAAUAGAAACAGCAGCAGCAGUUUUGACGAUGUGCCUUCGACUUCCUCUUCCUCUUCAGCUAGCAGACUGGACUCGUGGUUUGCUCAGGAGGAGUACAAGUGGUUGUCUGGUGGCGGCUCUUCUAGUAGUCUGACAGCCAGAAACAGAAGCUCUUUCCACGAGACUACUCCCAACAGCAAGUCCUCAAUACCUACCCCACCUCACACGCCUACUACUACUGCCAGAUGGCUCCAUUUGCUUGGCCGGGUAUCGCGCAGACAUCAGCCCAGUAGCAGCCACAACAACAGCAGCCCUGCACCCUUGAUGCAUCCUCAACAACGACAUCAAAAAUGGAUCUAUCGUUUGUCUCUCAAGGCCAUAAUGCAACAUGUCAAGUUUGGGUAUCAGUGCCAUCAACAAACGCAUGAUUUUAUUCGAGUCAAAAAUGCCGUUUUCAUUUUCAAAUCAGGAAUGCAUGUUAUCCAAAAUCAUGUUGUGCUCACGCCAGGUAAUGUGAUUCAGUCUGAAGCAGCCAUUGAUAAGCCAUUGAUCAAUGUAUGCGAUACACACCACGGUACUGCAUUGAGCGCAAGCGUUUUUUGGUUGACAUCUGUGCCUGAAGCCCUUCAAUCAUUGAGAGGAAACAACAACAACAACAACAACAACAACAACAGCAGCAGCAGCAGCAGCAGUACUGAAAGCAGCAACACGGAUUGGAAGCAGGUAGUGGUUCAGAGUAUCAGCUUUAGCUUGGAUGUGACACAGGGCUCUAUUGUCGCUUGGAGCGUAGAUACUGCUCGGCAAUCAGGGACUGUUCAAGUGCCUGAGGGCUAUAUUGACAAUGCACCUACUCACGCUGUGUAUACUCGCAUGGUACUAGAUACUCAAAAACUGGCUUUUGUCUGUGAGGGGCCCUACGCAACAGUGGAUCAGCACUUUCACAAUGAAUGGAAGGCACGGUGUCACAUGGAGAAGCUUUACCUUCAUCAAUCAUCCAGCUGUAUGCAGCAAGAUGUAGACAUUUAUGAGCUACUGAAAAAGCCAGAGAAGCAGCAUGUCAUUCUUUGGAUCUCGCAGCUCAACUUUAAUACCAAGUACUGGCAAGCUGACGACACGCAGCUGUCUGUUGUGUUCAAGGUCAAAAAGUUUGGCAUCUCGUAUUCCAUUCGGAAUCAUUAUGCUUGUUUGUUACUGUUUAGAUCUUUGUCUGUCAUGAAGCAUCAGCUCAAGACCAAUGGCGUGGACAGUGAAAGCGGUUUGAAGCAUCGGCAAUCCACAGCAACAACGCCAACGCCACUUGUUUCGCUUGAUGUAUCUGUUGGAAGAGGGGAUAUCCAGAUAGGCUUACCUCAAGAGAUCAAACUCUACCUCAGAAUGGAUGAACUGAACGUCAACUACACUGCUGAACACAAGAACAUGGUUCAAUUUCGAAACAUCAUGCUACUGGGUGUCUCUCCGACUCACCAAGCCAAAUGGGAGCAGCUAGUGGAAUUGGAUCAGGUCAAGAUUACCAAAACAGAGGCUUCUAUUGAACUCAAAGCCAAAAAGAUAUUUGCCUCUGUGCCUUACAAGUUUGUCCUGUCAGAGGUGAUUGACAGCGUGAUCGGGUUAGUCAAGGCGAUCAAGGAGCUUCAAGCAAGAAUACUGGAGCAAGAUCCCACCAGACGUGUGUUUACCUACUUUGGCCCCUUGUUAAAGAACAACCCUAUUGCUAUUCCUCACAUCAAAUUGCGAGCCAAGGUGUUUACCAUCCAUUUUGAUGAUGAUCCAUUUGAAGCAAAGCUGAGGAAUAUCCUAAGGACGGGUUUGCAGGAACAGCAGAGAAGAUUAGCUUACAAGGAAGCAUUGGAUGAGAAAGUCUACGACAUGUUGCACUCGACAUCACUAGCAUCUCCUGAAUCAGCCUCUAUCAAUUCGUCCACACACCAACGCACAUCCGUGUCCGAUGAUUUCCAAUCCAUUCGCACGUCCUCUUCCACCAUCAAUCCUCAACGAGACGACACGAGCGACCCCAAACCAAGUGUAGACCAAGCCGAACUCUAUGUUCAAAUUGCUAAAGCGCAACAGAACCUGCUGGCGUAUUACUCUGAAUUUUGGAUAAAGCAUAUAGACGAGACAAACCUACAAGAAGCACAGUUUUUUGAAGCGCUGCAUAGCAGGAACAACUACCGAAACGCAGCAACAUCCGGUGCUAUUGAUCAUGCCCUGGAUGAUGGUGAUAGUCGUAGACAUGAUCGUUUCUUGCUCUCCAAGACAUUUACCAUUGACAUUGUGCCCAGACCUCUACAUCCACCUUUGGCGAAUUUCACUGCUCAGUGUGCCAAGGUGAGCUUCAAGCCUGCCAAUUUCAGACUGGAAGAGACGCGGUCCUUUAUCCAUAUGGUUGGAAGAGGUGUGCCUUUGGACUAUGAUUUCUCCAUAUUGAUACCGUUUCAUCUGUCAAUCAAAGCCUCUAAAACGUGGAUCAAGGUGCGAGAUUACCCUUUACCUUUGCUUUAUGUCCCUCCCUCUGAGAAGACGGGUAGAGUUGCUUGGACAUUGGAAGGUGACUAUGUUGUAGGCGACGAGCUGGGUAACUCAGGUGGAAGUCGUAUUAUACCCAUUACCAUCAUUCCCGGAUCAAACUCAACGGCUGGCUACUGCUUAUCCGCUGUUCGCACUGCCUCUCCUCUCAAGUUCUAUUCUGUCAUUGAUUACCAUGUGUUGACACAGGGCAUGUCUAUGAUUUGCUGGUCCGUUUCUUACAACCCUGCUAUCCAAGAUAUCUUGCGUGUGUUGGAUACUUUGACAGCGGCACAGGUGGAUCCUUCGCCUCGCAUUGGGUUCUGGGACAAGGUUCGCUUCAUGAUCCACUCGCAAAUCAAGAUCCAUUUCACGGGUGGAGGUAAACUGGCGUUCGUUAUCAAGGGAGCAAGAGACCCAUAUCAGUUGCUGGAAAGAGGCGCUGGUUUAGCCAAAGUUUGGAGCGAUGAUGUCGUCUGGUUGCUUGGUUAUGAAAAUGAACAGAAUGAGUUUAUGCAGAUAGUCAGCCAAAGCUACGCUUUCGGCGUGCCUGACCUGCUUCAUGGCGGAUUUGUGCCUCAAUUGCCUGAUUCUCUGCAGUACAAGCAGGACAAGAUGUGUGCUGAUGAUAGUCGUGUCUUUCUCAAGAUUGCACUCAGGCUAUCAGACGGUGUUCGUAUGGGUAUUGGCUUGAGCUAUGAAAGACUGUCUUGUCAUGCGAAUGAUGUCAGGAAGCAUAGUCUGUGUGAUACAUGUCGAUAUCAGCAUCCGCAUAUGAUUGAUAGGUGCCGAUCUCAAGUGUUUAUGCCUCACUACCAUGUGUUGUUUCAAUCAGUUCAACAAGUUAAUACACAUUUUGAUAUGGCCACAUAUGACGCGUUUCGAGGAUUCAGAUCUGAUUUCAUACACUUGUCGUUCAGCAUUGUCAAACUGGAGAAUGGCGAUGGUUCUCUUGAAUCGCCCGACUCUUUUCAAGACGAUCCUUACUUGAGCCACUCUGGCAAUAUGUCUCAAAACGCCAUGUAUCUCAGUCCCUGCUUUGUCAACCACUUUCAGCAAUGGUUCAGGCUGUUUGGUAGUCCUAUAUCUAUUCCUAUUCGGCAAGGUAAACUGUUUCCCACUGUCGAGGAGAAGGCCAGGUCCUUUGGAGAACUAUUGAACACGGUUAAAUACAAAAUUGCAGUUAAUCCUUUAGCUAUUGGCUUCUUCAUUUCUGAUCAGGAGACGUAUCUCGACAUGAAGGGCAGCGGAUCUGUUGGAUUGAAGGCUCGAGUCAACUCUUUUAGUGUAGAUCUGCAUUCUAGGCGAGAGAUGAUUCAACCAAAUGACGUGGAAGCAGUACAAGACGACUCGAUCAAGACGGAAAUCAACUUUCAUGAAGCGGAAGUAGAGCUAUCAGACAUUGAUCUGCGCGUAAUCAGGGCACAUCAUCGCAACACGGCAAAUACAUCACCGGUAUCCAAACCCCAGUCAGGCAAAUCAGUCGCUGAAUCCACUGCCUACAGCGAAGAACAGAGCUAUCAGGGACAAGAAGCUUCUUCCUUUGAUGAAGAGAGCCGUUACAGCUUCCAAUGGAUUGACGCCAAAGAUUUUGUGAUUCUAGAUGCUGUCCACAAACAACCUUUUCUAUCACGAUCCAAGAUUGAUGUGCUUCCGUUUGCAUUUUCACCGUUGUUCUACUACAUGAAGCAACACGACGAACCUGGCGCUGAAAAGAGAGACUAUCUCAGAAGGACGCAUGAUUGUACGAUUGGCAGCGGCAUGGACAGCCAUGAAUUCCAAAAGACAUAUCUCAACCAGCGAGCAGCAGAUCUUGAUAAAGUCAUUGAAAACCACGAUAAACAGCUCGACAUUAUUAUACAUGCGAUGAAUGUGUACAAGAACGAAAAGGAAGAUCUUACAGAUGAGCAUGAAUUCCUCGUCAAAAAGAUUGACCACCUUCGAGUCAAACGCUACAUGCUGCACACUUACAUUGCCCAAAUGAUCUUGGAGAAUGAGCUCAAUAUGACGACAGAAGAUGCUGAUACGCGAGGCUCACCCCACACAACGACUUCCUCCAUCUGUCGCAGAGACGAACUGUCCAGGUGGGAGUUACUCAUGGGUCGCUUCAAGGACCGCUAUUUUGUGCACAACCCGCAAAUCAUAUGGAACAGCUCUGUGAGAGAUGCAGUCUAUUACAUGAGGGAUAUCUACAACCAUCGGUCAGUGCAAAGCUUAAAUCUAUCUGCCAGGUGUUUCAAGUUCUUGGAGGAUCUGGUGCGAAUGGCCGAGAAGCAGCAGCAGUGGAAGCCAGAUGUGCCUGAGGCCACAGCCGAAUCAUCAACCUCACCCGCCGUAUCUUCUGCCAGCACACAGGCGCUGAUUGACAGACUACUGGCCGAACGUUCCAAGAAGUUUGUAGCCUACAAUGAGCGUGAAGAAGACAAAAGGCAACCCAGAGACGACAUCAGCAGCCCUUCUUCCAAUACGUCAUAUGACGGCAUCCAUGUGCUUGAUGACAAUGCAGACAAUGUCAAUGAUCCAGACUACCAAUAUGAAAACAUCCCCGAUUCGUAUGAAAUGCAAAGCAAUUAUCUGAUUGACAUGAUUAACCCUCAGUUCAUCUGCCAGAGUGAACGAGGUCUCGACCAUUUGAUCCUGCUGACAAACGAAAGAAUUCAUAUCAAAGGAUUCCGCAUCAUUGAUAACAGCACAAGCGGCGCUGCUGACAAAGAUGUUCGCCUGGUCAAGAGCCGUAUCAUUGUCAAUCUGGACAAUGCUCAGCUCUUGGUGGCUAAAAGGAUUGAACCAGUGCACUCUUACCACACUUUAGCGCCCAAUUGCUACGGCCAAUUCCAGGAACGACAUUGGGCUGUAUGGACGCAGCCAGAACAACUGUGGUACUAUCGAGAGCUCAAGAAUUUCGAAAAUUUCCAGAGAAUCGCAACGCAAUUAUCAGGCACUAUGCAACUCGACCUGUACAACCAUCUGCGUAUCAAGAUCAACAAGUAUAACAACACAUUGCGCAAAAGCCCCUUUGAGGAUCGCACCAACACUAUUCAAAUGCACUUUCCACACGUCAAACUCACACUCAACUCGUUGCAGAGCCAUAUUCUGUACUACACCGUCAUACACCUUGUGCUUGGAAGUGACAGGUCAGCGCGUGAAAAGACCAAGCUGAACAAAUUUCGAGACGUUAUGCUGGCAGCAGAGCGCAGUGAUCUAGCAGAAACUGUCAAACAAGUGGGUGUGCUGCAGAAUAGAUCGCGCUAUCUGCUUGAUUUGCAUAGCCGAUUCCUCAGCGAGCUGCCUUACCUGGAUACAUUUGGCCUGCAAGAAUUUAACAAGAACAAAAAGAAAAUGAGUGAAAGCCUAGAGAAACUAUACAUGGUUGUAGAAGCCAUUCGGUCCAUCCAGACAUUCAGAAGAGAUAUCCAUUUGGAGGAGUCAGAUAGUGCAAAGCGAUUCAUAUUCACGUCUGAUGAGAUUAUCUGGGAGGCCACCAUGGACAAUGAAAUGCAAAGCUCGUUGUGUGAGUGGAAGUUGACCAAUACAAAGUACGUUCGAUUGGACAAGCCAAAUGGAUCGCACAAGAACACGGUAGAAGUGGAUCAGUUUCAGAUCAAGAAUACCACCGAGUCGCCUGUUUUUGUCAACGUAUUGGAUGCCUAUGUCGAUCCUUCAAACACAUCGCAUCAAGAGCCUGAUUUCUCUCGCCAUAAAAUGCUCAGCGGUGUACUGGAUUCGCUACCGCCCGUGGGUGGCAUUCCAGUGAUUCAGCAUCUAGAGAUCAAUCUUCUGCCUCUGCAUCUACAAAUCAGCACUGCUUUUGGUACAGCCAUGAAAGACUACUUUUUCCCAAGGGUGCCUUCCACCACUGCUAUGGACCAGCAGGGCCAGAAUCAAGAUCAGGAUGUGUUCUCAGGAGACAAACUGGAGGAAGAAGAGGAGGACCAAGAUGAAGCUGUCAUGAUUGACAAUUGGAGCACUACCAGAACAAACAGAAACCAUGCCAGCGUCCGCUCAUUUGGUAAAAGAGAGGGCAGUUUCGCCAGCUUGGACAUGAUAGCAAAGAAAGUCAAGGAAACGGUUGUCAAAAAGCGCAAGGGAAAGGCAGAUGAGCUGACCAUCAUGAAGAAGAGAUCUUCCACUAACCGCACCUUUAUCUAUGUGCGCAUUCCUGCUGCCAAGCAUUGCAUCAGCUUUCAGGGGCCAACUCAAAAUACGUUUUACAACCUGUACAAUUUCCCGUUCAAACAGCCCAAAUUGGAGUAUAGAAACAAGACAUGGUCAAUCGCUGAAAUGACAGAAGAGAUACAGAAGCAAUUUGUCAGAGCUAUCUUGAGACAUAGUCCAGCAUUGCUCAAGAAGAAACUGCUGACCAAGAAUAGCAGGGAGCUGCCAACUCCAUCUGUUCCCGUCUCGAGAGCAGUGAGUGUUACGUCAAAGCAAUCCUCCUCUGCCAGUGUUCAUUCAAACAUUGAACUCAUGGACGACUCUGUUAUCUAUAACGAAUAUGACGAUACCACAAGCCGAACCAAGUCUGUCAUCUCAGCCUACACAGAGGAAGAUGAUGUGGAUGUCCAAUCCUUGUAUUCCAAUGCACCAGAAGAUGAGCAGCAACACUUGGCAGAACUGCAGACCAUUAAAGGAAAGAAAUCGCACAAUGUGGAUGAGGAGUUGCUUGAAUUCUAUGCAGCCAAGCACAGGUCAGAGCAUACAGAUGAUGAAUUGGCCAGGAACAGCCAGAUUCUGUUUGGCUCAAGCUAUCGCUAA